AUGUUUACAGGACUAAUUGAGAAGAUAGGGACCGUGGCGGAAUGCAGCAGGCACGGUGAAACGGGAGAGGUGACCAUGAAAAUCACCGAUUGCACCGAGAUCCUCGCCGAUGUCCACUUGGGAGACUCCAUCUGCACCAACGGCGUGUGUCUCACCGUGACCGAUUUCGACGCCGCCAAGACGUUUUUCAGGGUCGGUGUGGCCCCCGAGACUCUCCGCAAGAGCAACUUGGGCUCUCUUGCUGUUGGGUCCAAGGCCAAUUUGGAGCGGGCCGUCACGAGCGAGGUGAGAUUAGGCGGCCACGUUGUCCAGGGCCAUGUCGACACCAUAGCUACCAUUGUGGAAAGAAAUCCCGAUGGCAAUGCGUUGGCCUAUACGUUUGAGUUGAGAGACAAGGAGUUCAUUCGUUAUGUUGUGCAUAAGGGGUUUGUCGCUGUGGACGGCACGAGCUUGACUGUCACCAACGUUGACGAUGCCCAGGGCCGGUUUUCGGUGAUGUUGAUCAGCUAUAGCCAGAGCAAGGUUGUGAUGACCGAUAAGCACGUGGGCGACACCGUCAAUGUUGAAGUAGACUUGACGGGGAAAUUGAUUGAAAAACAGGUGGAGUUGAACUUGCGGGGCCAGAUUGAAAAGGGGGACAGCGCCUUGAAUCAAUUGAUUAGCGCUCUAGUUGAGAAAAAAGUCAGGGAGACGCUUAAGUAG